AUGGAAUCAACAAGUGUGAUACAUUAUGGUCUAAGUAGGAGUAGGGAAUUGGCCCAAGAGAGCCAAAUAGAAAAGAAAAGACAAGAAAAGAGAGGAGAAAAAUGGACAGAAUCUCGACCGGCUGCCAUUCGCACCCACACUGUCUGCCUCGCAAAAGCCAGCCUUGUCAGCCUGGUCACCAUGGACCCCAACGGUGAAGCCGUCCACCUCUUCAGCGCCGAGCGUCAAACCGUCAUCCGCGAGACCCGCAUGGCUCUCGCUGACGCAAGUUUCGCCAACGUUCCCGUCAUCGCCGGCGCCUCUGAGCAAUCCAUCCGGGGCACCGUCGAGCUCUGCCACGAGUCUGCCAACUGCUCGCCCAUUCCACUCAUCAUCUACAACUACCUGGGCGCUGUGGCAGGAAUUGACAUGGACUCGGACCUUCUCAUCUGCAUCUCUCAGCACCCCAAUAUCGUCGGCACCAAAUUCACAUGCGGCAACACGGGCAAAUUGACCCGCGUCGCGGCCGCCCUGCACGCCGUCACCCCUACCUCCCCACUGGCCCCCUCCACCCGCAAGAUUCCCUGUAUCAAGACCACUGAGAACCACCCAUAUGUUGUCUUUGGCGGCAUCGCGGACUUCUCGCUACAGACGCUGGCGUCAGGUGGCUCUGUGAUUCUGGCGGGCAGCGCGAACGUUAUCCCGCGACUGUGUGUGCACAUCUUCAACCUGUGGGGUGAAGGGCGGUUCACGGAGGCGAUAGAAGUGCAGCAUUUGCUCAGUGCGGCGGACUGGGGACGGUUGAGCGGGGAACGGAUAGAGGGGGUGAAAGAGGGGAUUCAAGAGAUGAUGGAGGUGGAGAGGGACUUGCCUGAUAGCAUUUAG